AUGGCUUAUCAAAAAUCUGGCAGUCUUAUCAUCCGUCCAAUAAGUGCUAAGCUAGACAGAGACGUUGAAGCUUUAACCACAAUGGAUCCAUAUGUAUUCAUAAAAAUUGGAAACCAAGAAAUGAAAUCUAGAGUUUGUGCUGAUGGUGGAAAACAACCAAACUGGGAAGAUCAGCUUAAUUUUGUUAUAAGCGGAGAAGAUCAAGCUUAUAUUGGAGUUUGGGAUAAGAGAACCCUAAUGUCUGACUCAGAAGUCGGGAGCAGCAUUUUCCCUCUGAUAAAAUUAUUUGACACUAAAUAUCAUGAAGACUGAAUUGACUUGUUUUAUAAUGGCCAAAAAGCAGGAUCUUUAAGACUUUAUAUGGAGUUUAGACCGACAAUACCUGCUGGACAGUCGCAAGGAGAAGGAGUUUUUCAAGGGCAAGGGUUGUCAACUGGUCAAGGAUUUACAGGAGGACAAGGCACUGGAAAGUUAGGGGAAAAAGAAAUAUAUACUGGGGAAUUGAAAGGCCAAAACUUAGGGACGCAGCAAGGCCAAUACAACUAUCCUUCAGGAACAUCACAAAACUACCCUCCUAGUGGCUAUUAA